GCGAAAAAAAGAUAAAGAUAGGUACAGAUUUUUGUAUAAAUAGUUAGACAAGAGGGGGAGCCGAUCCACUUUGAGAGGGUUAGGUUUUUUCUUCUUCCUCGGAGCUGUAACGAAUCAACAAUGCCUCGCUAUGAAGAUAAAUACGGCAACACACGCCUCUAUGUUGGUCGAUUGGCUUCAAGGACGCGUUCCCGUGAUCUGGAGCGAGUUUUCAGCCGAUAUGGAAGAGUUCGAGAUGUGGAUAUGAAGCAUGAUUACGCCUUUGUUGAAUUCAGCGAUCCUAGAGAUGCUGAUGAUGCAAGAUACAACUUGGAUGGCCGUGAUGUUGAUGGAAGUCGUAUUAUUGUGGAAUUUGCGAAAGGGGUUCCUCGUGGUUCCCGUGAAUAUUUGGGUCGUGGUCCUCCUCCUGGAACUGGGCGUUGCUUUAACUGUGGUAUUGAUGGCCAUUGGGCCCGAGAUUGCAAAGCUGGAGACUGGAAGAACAAGUGUUAUCGUUGUGGUGAGAGGGGUCAUAUAGAAAAAAACUGCAAGAACAGUCCCAAAAAGCUGAGUAGACGUGGGCGUAGUUAUUCCCGCUCUCCGGUCAGGUCACGUUCCCCAGUCAGGUCACGCUCUCCUCGUCGUGGCAGAAGCAGGGACAGGAGUUACACCCCAGAACGCAGUUACAGUCGAUCAAGAUCCCCAGUUAGGGGGGAUCGAAGCCCAGUUCGUGAUAGAUCAGAGAGCCCACGCUCUAGAAGCCCUGAACCCAAAGGUAGCCCUCAGCCCUCGAAGGCAAGGAAGCAUAGUCCAUCACCUGAUGAAGGGAGUCCACAGAAGAGAGGUGAUGCAUCUCCUGGCAAUGAGAGGAUGGUUACACAGCAAGAUGGAUCUGAUUACAGUGAUGGCCCCAGAGGAAAGAGCAGAAGCCCCGCUAGUCCAGCAGGGGAUGACAGCCCAAAGGCUAAUGGUCGCAGCCGCAGUCCUAGUCCCAGAGAUGAUGACAGAAGCCCCAUUGAUGACGAAGAAGACAACCAGCGUAAUCUACCAAGAGGCAGUGAGUCCCCUUAAAAUGUCACUUCUGAGAAGAUAACAGACUCUGCCCUAGAAUUUGUAUGCUUUUAUUUUCAUCUGCACUCUGUCGUGAACUGUGACAUUUACCAUAAUUAUUAUAUACUCCUCCCUGAAGAAACUUGUAAUGUUUUAAAUUUAUAUAUUUGUAUUUAGAACA